GACUCCUCCUCCGCCUGCCUGUCUCCCUCCCUCGCCAAGCCCAGCCUGUGAAACUGAAUAACGAAGAUCACUCAACAAUGCCUGCCCCUCUCUGACUGCAAGGUCUCUGUGCUCCUGCUGCUGCUGCCGGCUCCGAGCGGACCCCGCAGGGCGGUCCCCACCGACGGCGCAGCCCUCGGGUCUGGUAGUGGGACGGGGCGCGAGCCCCAGAGACCCCUGCACCCGUGCGCUCGCCGGUGCACCCGCCAGGUGCCCCGCAGCCCGGCUGCGAGAUGCCCAGCCCACCCGGGUACUGGGCGCUGUGGCUCUGUACCGCACUGUGCACCUCCCGGUGCGCGGGCGGUGGUCCCCAGCCUGGCCAGGGGCGCACAACCUGCCCGGCCCCCUGCCACUGCCAGGAGGAUGGCAUCAUGCUGUCAGCCGACUGCUCGGAGCUCGGGCUCUCCACUGUGCCAGGGGACUUGGACCCCCUGACAGCUUACCUAGACCUCAGCAUGAACAACCUCACGGAACUUCAGCCGGGCCUCUUUCACCACCUGAGUUUCCUGGAGGAGCUGCGUCUCUCAGGGAACCAUCUCUCCCACAUCCCGGGACAAGCAUUCUCUGGCCUCCACAGCCUGAAAAUCCUGAUGCUGCAGAACAACCAGCUGGGAGGAAUCCCCGCUGAGGCGCUGUGGGAGCUGCCGAGCCUGCAGUCUCUGCGCCUAGAUGCCAACCUCAUCUCCCUGGUCCCGGAGAGGAGCUUUGAGGGGCUGUCCUCCCUCCGUCACCUCUGGUUGGACGACAAUGCACUCACGGAGAUCCCUGUCAGGGCUCUCAACAACCUUCCUGCCCUGCAGGCCAUGACCCUGGCCCUCAACCACAUCAGCUACAUCCCUGACUUCGCCUUCCAGAACCUCACCAGCCUCGUGGUGCUGCAUCUGCAUAACAACCGCAUCAAGCAUCUGGGGACCCACAGCUUCGAGGGUCUGCGCAACCUGGAGACACUUGUGUGUUCUUUAUCCUCUGUUCCCCAGAGCACUGCAGUGGAGCCUGCAAGGGAAGCCAGAUGUGGAGGGGGAGGAGUGGCUGGGAGAAUGAAAGGAGAAAGAAAUGAUAGAGACUUGAAUUAUAAUGAGCUGCAGGAGUUCCCCGUGGCCAUCCGGACCCUGGGCAGACUGCAGGAAUUAGGCUUCCACAACAACAACAUCAAGGCUAUCCCUGAGAAGGCCUUCAUGGGCAACCCUCUGCUGCAGACAAUACACUUUUAUGAUAACCCAAUUCAGUCUGUGGGGAGGUCGGCCUUCCAGUACCUGCCUAAACUACACACGCUAUCCCUGAAUGGUGCCACAGACAUCCGGGAGUUCCCAGACCUCAAAGGCACCACUAGCCUGGAGAUCCUGACCCUGACCCGCGCGGGCAUCCAGCUGCUCCCACCAGGGAUAUGUCAACAGCUGCCCAGGCUCCGAGUCCUGGAGCUGUCCUACAAUCAGAUCGAGGAGCUGCCCAGCCUGCACAGGUGUCAGAAGUUGGAGGAAAUUGGCCUCCAACACAACCGCAUCUGGGAAAUUGGAGCGGACACCUUCAGCCAGCUGAGCGCCUUACAAGCCCUGGACCUUAGCUGGAACUCCAUUCGGUCCAUCCACCCGGAGGCCUUUUCCACUCUGCACUCCCUGGUCAAGCUGGACUUGACAGACAACCAGCUGACCACACUACCCUUGGCCGGGCUUGGGGGCCUGAUGCAUCUGAAGCUCAAAGGGAACCCUGCUCUGUCUCAGGCCUUCUCCAAGGACAGUUUCCCAAGACUGAGGAUCCUGGAGGUGCCCUAUGCCUACCAGUGCUGUGCCUAUGGUGCCUGUGCCAGCUUCACUAAGGGCUCUGGGCAGUGGCAGGCUGACGACUUCCACCUGGAGGAGGAGGAGGCCCCAAAGAAGCCCAUGGGCCUCCUUACUGGACAAGCUGAGACCCACUAUGACCUGGACCUGGAUGAGCUCCAGCUGGAAAUGCAGAACUCAAAGCCACAACCUAGUGUCCAGUGUAGCCCCAUUCCAGGCCCCUUCAAGCCCUGUGAGCACCUCUUCGAGAGCUGGGGCAUCCGCCUGGCCGUAUGGGCCAUCGCGCUGCUCUCUGUGCUCUGCAACGGACUGGUGCUGCUGACCGUGUUUGCUGCCGCCGGGCCCGGGCCCCUGCCUCCGGUCAAGUUCGUGGUCGGUGCAAUUGCCGGUGCCAACACCUUGACCGGCGUCUCCUGCGGCCUCCUGGCCUCCGUGGACGCCGUGACCUUCGGCCAGUUCGCCGAGUACGGAGCGCACUGGGAGACGGGGCUGGGCUGCCGCGCCACGGGCUUCCUGGCGGUGCUGGGCUCCGAGGCGGCCGUGCUGCUGCUGGCGCUGGCGGCCGUGCAGUGCAGCCUGUCCGCCGCCUGCGUGCGCGCCCGCGGCAAGGCGCCCGCCCUGGGCAGCGUGCGCGCGGGGGCGCUGCUGUGCCUGGCGCUGGCCGCGCUGGCCGCCGCGCUGCCCCUGGCCUCAGUUGGGGACUAUGGCGCCUCCCCGCUCUGCCUGCCCUACGCCCCGCCCGAUGGCCAGCCGGCCGCCCUGGGCCUCGCCGUGGCCCUGGUGAUGUUGAACUCCUUCUGCUUCCUCGUGGUGACCGGCGCCUACAUCAGGCUCUACUGUGACCUGCCGCGGGGUGACUUCGAGUGUGUGUGGGACUGCGCCAUGGUGAGGCACGUGGCCUGGCUCAUCUUCACCGAUGGGCUCCUCUACUGCCCCGUGGCCUUCCUCAGCUUCGCCUCCGUGCUGAGCCUCUUCCCGGUCACCCCCGAGGCCCUCAAGUCGGUCCUGCUCGUGGUGCUGCCUCUGCCUGCCUGCCUGAAUCCCCUGCUCUACCUGCUCUUCAACCCCCACUUCCGGGAUGACCUAAGGAGGCUCUGGCCCUGGUCGGGAGCCCCUGGCCCCCUGGCCUAUGCUGCUGCCGGUGAGCUGGAGAAGAGCUCCUGCGACUCCACCCAGGCUCUGGUGGCCUUCUCUGAUGUGGAUCUCGUCCUGGAAGCUUCUGAGGCUGGACGGCGUCCUGGGCUGGAGACCUAUGGCUUCCCCUCAGUGACCCUCAUCUCCUAUCAGCAGCCAGCGGCCCCCAGGCUGGAGGGAAGUCAUUUUGCAGAGCCUGAGGGGACCCACUUUGGGACCCCGCAGCCCUCCCUGGAUGGAGAACUGCUGCUGCGAGCAGAGGGAGCCUCAGGAGGGGGCUCCUCAGUCAGUGGGGUCUUACGGCCCUCUGGCUCAGCCUUUGCCUCACACUUAUAAAUGACCCUCCACACUCUUCUGUCACUUCGCUUCCCUCUUUUCCCACUCCGUGAAUGAUGGCUGCUUACGAAAUAAAUACAUACAACCAAAAUUCAAUAGUGCCACCCACAGCAGGCUGGCUCAGGUCCUGGCCCCGCCAGUCUCCUCUCUCCUGUGGCCAUUACCUUGAGGGCUUCAUCUUCACUGCUGGCCUCUUCCCUGUCAUGUCCAAAGCUGUGGGCCAGAGACCUGAAACUUGGCUUAAGGGAAGUGAUGGAAAUAAAAGUGGAGUAGGGACCAGGAUAGGAUCAGGAUCAGGGCACAGUGGACAGGAGAACUCAAUAGGUCUGGAAAGGAAACACCAAAGGCGUUUGGCCUCUCUCCUGUAACUCGUAGAAGGGAUAUGAAAAGUGUUUUAUGGUCUUGAUAUAGGUCAUGCAAAAAUACUUGCUAUCAAAUCAGCUUUGGAAGAGAUGACACAUUGUAUCCCCUUUUUAGAGAUCCCCAGGGCAUCGCAGCAUAGUAAAGGCCCUGAAAAUUCCUGCAACAGUAAAAUCUAUUGGACUGUGUUUAACCUGGUGAGUUCCCCAUAAUCUAUUUGACAAGUUUUUGUCUUCAUGGAAUACCUAUUAUUAUCUCCAAAACUUUAGCAUUGCUGUCUCCCAGGGAGACAUAAGUCAACAAGGCUGCCUAGACUGGGGUGGAGGGAUGAGGCAAGAGACCUCAUGGAACUUGACACAUCUCUAAAUCUUACUUGACUAGUUGAGUAUCUGGACUCUUUCAGACUCUGAAGCUCAAUAUGCUGACUUUAAAAUUCCUUGGGGUCAAUUUCAGUUGGCACUCAAGUGAUGACACAUUUCUUUAUCAAUUGUUUAAGGACCUUGUCUUUCUCUAUUUGCCCAGGGCUGAUCAAGAUCCCCUGAUGGAGAGACUUAACUUUGGGCAUAAGAUUUGAUAAUUCUUAUCAGGAAAAAGUUUUCUGAGAUAACCCAAGGAUGACAAAAUUGGUGUGAUUUUGGGGAGCCUUGACUUCUAGGAAGUUGCUAAGGGCCCUCUCCCCAUGUGGGUAUUGUUCCCCUUGUAGUUGAGCAGUUGGGUUGGAGGUAGGAUAGAAAGGUCAUGUGUUGGAGGUGUAGGAGUUUUAGAAGCUGUGCCCCCAAAGGUGGCUUCUUCUAUGAAAAAGUGGACCAUACUUCUCAGCUUUGAGCUUUAGGGUGGCAUUGCUAUCACCGGUCUACUUCUAAACAUGUGGGCACUUGCUGCAGUGGAACUUUGUGUUCACAAGAGAGGUGUGGGAGGAGGGAGUGGAGGCAUUUACCAUAAAUCAUUUUCAUUAUUCGAAAAGUCUAGUUGAUAUUGUACAUUUACCCAAAAUAAGCUUGGUCAGUUGUUGUUUUCGACUGAAUUUCCAGAAAGUCAGUAUGUUACUCCUUUGUGUUCAGCAAAAGAUUAUGAAAAUUGUAUAUGUCAUUGAUUAAUCACAAAAUCAAAAACCAAGUUGCUCAAUGCCCAUACAUGCAUUUUGUCUGGUUGACAAAAUCUUCCAAGAUGGUGUCCCUGGGAAAGAAUCCCCACGAGGAGGCGAUGGUGAUGGAAAUGUUGGCAAUGUCUGACCUGUUAUGUGCUGCUCUGGACUCCGUGUGCUAUGUUUUGGCCACCGGUACCAACCAGUGUCCUUUCAGACUGACUCAUGAAGGGGAGUUUCUUAUGGUGGGACCUCCAAGGAACCCAAAGAACCCAGAGCUAAAAUGGGAAGACUGUGGACUAACAGACUUAACAGCUGGGCCUUCUCCUAACUUCCUAGUUUGCUCUUUUUGGGAAGAAUAAAGGUGUAAAAAAUAAAAGAGGAGGAGAAGGACAUGGUAACAAUAAUUCCUAGUAAGCAAGGAUGGUGGGAGGUAACUGAAGCCCUGGUCCCCUCUGGCACUGUCCCCUCUAACUACCUCCGCACUGGUUUAGCAAGUUUCCACCCGUUGCUCGGCACACCUGUGUCCCUUCUGAGUUCCAGUCCCAUGCCCUCUCCAGUUGUGUGAAAUAUAAGAAUUGUCAAGAUGCAAAUAUUUGGGCUCUUCUGUGUAAUAAAGCACCACUGAACUAC